AUGCCUCGUGAAUUUGCCUCUCUCCUACAGGUACUUUAACAAUAGCCGGUUAUUUGGACCGACUCCACAGAGCCAUACACAAUAUCCGCAUAUCAUCCUCCCUGGGGUUACCGACUCUAUCCUUUGUCCUCUCCCUUACGCUCUCUAUGCGCUUUCUUACUGGACCUGCGCUACGUCGACUGUGAGGCAUCCUAGCCGCCUUAGAUGGGCCCUGUAGAUUCUUUUGCUGAUACGAAAAGUAUUUUGUCACCGACCGCAAUGGUUAGGGACAUCCAAAACCGGCCGACGUCGGCUACGAUGAACCAACCGUGUUACAACAUGUAGCUCAACCUUAGGUGAUGAGGCGGACGACAUCAACUAACGACAGCCGGCCAAACUGCUCUGUUGUGCGGAUUCCCAGCAAAACCCACAAGCAGGCGUCAUCUCAGGCAUGGUAACCAGUGGCGUAUCACCCGUACUGCUUUGUGAUAAUGCUCCCGUAGGUCAUCUAAGGGAACAACCAAUCACAAGCUCGAACACGCAAGUAACUUGACCAAUCAAUUUCUAAUACCGACACAGACAUCAAACAUGUAAGCAAACGCAACUCACGCCCCCCUUCCCCCACGUGCGCUUUCCGUUCAGACCCAUCAACGUACUGCCAGAUUGCAGCAACCUGUCCGGUGCAUAAAACACCUAACUCUUAUCACCCUCCGACUUAUCUUAUUGAACUGGCCGGAAUUUGUUGUGAGUGGUUAUGAUUGGUCAGGUAUUCGUGACCGUCACCAUGAGAGCUAAACGACCAUCUAGGGCCUUCCGAUCCUUACCAUCCAACCAUGUAGGAAGACCUUUAUCGAGAAGAAUGUCAAUAUUACUUAUAUCAGUAGGGCAGAUGGGCGGGACACUUAACGGGAAAACGCGAAAUUUCGCCAUUUGCUUGCUUCAUUACUCCAACGAGGUGAAGGGACAGAGAGUACAAGUUGACGGAUGAGAAUUAGGGCGUACAAGUGGGCGGAAAACAAAUAAUCCAAAGUUGUUGGUUAAAGAAGGCCGGACCGACUAAGACUGCAUGCGGCAGACAAAUUCUGCCCCAGCCCUUACCAUUAACCCAACCCUAACCUUAGGCCUAAACUUUACACUUGUGUAUGUGUUCGUGCGUGCGUGGAGUCGAGCCCUAGGUGAGCCACACUUCGCGGUUGGGGAUGGCUGGCUGACGGCUGCUAAUAAGGCAAAAAUGGCCAUUCCGGUUUCCAUUGUCUUUGUCGGCACCAUGUCAUUUAAUUCUAUUACUAGUUGCUGUACAACUGCCUGCUAGCGUUCUAAUAUGAGUUCCAAGGCACAACGCAACGAGCAUAUUCCGUAGCCUUAUCGGUGAGCGCCCACAAUCAUAAUUGAUAUUCCCGAUCAUAACCGACAGGACAACGGGUCCAUGGCUUAACGGUAGAGCGUUCAACUCCGUGACCAAAGAUUUCGGGUUCAAAUCUCAAGUGAAUCACAGCUGAGGAUGGGUAUGACUGUCUGACGACGGCUGAUAGGCCAGAAAUGGCCAUUUCAGCCUCCCUUGUCUUUGCGGGUAGUACCAUUUUGAAUAUACAGUGAGUGACGGUUCUCAUGAAAUGAUGGCUGAAAUUCUGAAAUGCGUCUUCGAUUAGGAAGGAUUACUUAGGGGCAGUUGUAAUAGUGAUUAUCUCGCGACAUAAUCGUAUAAUAUUUCGGACUCGGCAGGAUGUCAGCUUUUGAAUACACCUCUUUUCGAUCUCCGGUAGAAGCCGUACUUGGUAAAAAUGGCUAGUAAAGUAGCAUGCAUUUUUCUCAUUGAUUUUCGAUGUCCUUGCUAAUUCAAAUAUAUUUUAUAGAAACCACAAAAAUAUGCUUCCUCCCAGUCGUUCGACAGAGAAUCACGUCGUCGUUAUAUUUUAUACUUAAAUAAGAAGUAUAAUUGGGUUUUAAAAAAGUUUUCUAAGUGCCGAAUAAUUUUGAGCCUGACCAGUCGUUGCAUUAGUGCUUAGUGAUUUUAGUCUACAAGGUGCAAGCGCUCCGCGUAAAGAAAAUGACAUAUUCUCCCAUGCUUUUAAAAGAAUAUCAUGCAGAGUCCAUAAAAUUUUGCAAUGGAUUUGGACUAUCUUGUACAUUUCAUUAGGAGCAGUGGUAAGCGGGCAGAUACGAUGCUGUAUGAAUGGAUUUUGCACGAUAUUAAAAAAUCUCAUAAUUAGAAACUUUUUUAAAACUUAAUUAUACUCCUUCUUCGAGCAUAAAUAUAAACAUAACGUGAUGCUCUAUCAAAAGACUGAAAGGAAGCAUAUUGUGUUUGUGAUUUCUAUAAAAUAUAUUUAAGUUUUCAAGACCAUCGAAAGUCAUUGUAAGAAAUGCAUUCCACUUAAGUAGUCAUUUUUACCAGGUACGGUUUUACAAGAGAUCGAAAAGCGGUGCAUUCGAAAGCUGACAUCCAGCCGAGUCCGAAAUAUUAUAGGAUUAUGCUGCAAAAUAAUCACUACCACAACCCCGCCUAAGUAAUCCUUCCUAAUCAAAAACGCAUUUCGGAAUUUCAGCAAACAUUUCAUGAGAUCGGACACUCGCUGUAUAUGUAUGCAAUAAAUCCCCACGAAACCGAGAGAGACAGGUUUGCAUAUUUGUGGCCUAUCACCUGUCGUCAGAAGACUACACGUCUCGAUAGUCUGAGAUUAGAAUUGGGACUCCUUACCUCAUUGAACUUCAACUCGGGCCCUGUAGUUGAGCCGUUGGCUAGUUGUCCUACGCGUUAUGUCUAGAUUCGGGUGUUCAUGCUGAGUAUGCUUGUUCCGUGGAACCUACUUGGUUGUAGAAGAGUCGGGGGGUUCACACGACGAGUCGUCGAUCCGGAAUUGUCUGUCCGUGUGGAGCAACGUCGAAAUGCUCAAAAUUUCAUACAACUCUUAUUCAAAACACCUUUCAAAAGCCUCCUCUGUUCAUCAUUUCACGCCAGUCUUCUAGGUUUUAAUUAUGGAGUUUUGCCUAACCGAAAGUCAACAUCUGCUUCUUUUCGUUUCUCCCUAGAUCAUACGCCACUAUAUCGGCCAAAGAAUAAACACUGAGGCGAUUCUAACUAGAUCGACGCUGAUCCUACAUUCGUGAACAACCAAAUGGAUCAGUUGUCGUCUAUCCCACAAAGCAGACGAGUUUCUCUGGCAACGCGUGUUCAUGAUCAAAUUCAGCAUCGAAAAUCCACAAAGUCAACUCUCCCGCGCAGUUCAUUCUCCCUUUGGCGAUUCCAGCGGCUUGGACGACACCAGCCUCUUCGACUCGAAAACACCUACAGAACUGGGCCGAAUCCGGAUGAAAAGUUCGACGUUGCAGAGGUACUCAUUAGUUCACAAAUAAAACCAGUUGGAGUUCACAACUCACUUAAGCAUUUUAAGGGAAGCCAAAUUACAGAGAUCAAAAAAUUUCCCAUCGUGACGAUCUCUAGCCACCAAUCUCUCGAAUUCCAGUCGACUGAUUUGCAAUCUGAGCUACCAGGCGGCCGCUGACACUUCUACCACAUCUAAUAUUUCCGCCGUUCGGCUAAUAGAGUCCGCCCAAGAACGAGGGUUUUCUGGCAGUGUGAAUUCGUAUUUUCAUUAAAAGCACGUGUUACUUGUCAAUACUCAUAGCUUGGCAGCGAUAAUCUGGAUUGCAGCGGUGUUGAAUUGGUCAACACCAGGCAUCUUUUCGACGUCACAUACCAACGAACCGUAGUGGAAGGGGACUAGAAUACCCGAAAAGAGGGGAAGAUAGUCAAAUGUAGACAAGUCCCUAACGCCGAAUUAAUUCUUAAGCAGGGAGUCUAGUUUUGCAGGAUUAGGGCGAUUAAAAAUAGUUUAACGUGUAAUUCUCCCCAUCUCAUCUUUUUUUCAAAUAAACAGAAUUUCCAGCGAAAAAAAUCCUUGGACUCCGUGGUUCAGUCAUGCAAAGAAUGCAGAUCUCAUUAUUGUUGAAGUGAGCAGUUAACGGACGACGGCUACUUUCUACAGGAGUAGUUCGGUGCUAUACCAGUAUGAAUAAAAGAAGAAUAUUUGGGUUUGAGUUGACCAAAUAAUAAUAUUCCUCCAUGAAGUGGAAAGUAGCGGCCCAGUCCCCAAACCUCGCUAGGCUCCCAUGCAUGAGAAAAAGGGUUGCCGCAUACUUGUGUAGUCAGCUUUGAUCUAGGUAAAAAUCAGAAUACGUGGAGUAUAAAUCAUUUGGAUAUGAACGAUUCGGAGGGUUUUCUCUGUAUGAGUGUGUCCAAACUAUUGGGCAUUUAUGACUCUGUAAGGGUAGAUAAACACGCUUAGUGUCGCGGUUUCGAUCGGAAAUAUUAAUUAUGGGCCGAGCACGCUCCGUAACCUGAUCCGUGAGUGCCCAUCUACCAUAAAUAACAAUCCCGACCAUAACCGACAAGACAACGGUUCCGUGGGCCAACGGCAGUGUCAAAAGGGGGCGAGCGUGCACGCAACGUGAUUGCUGAGCAGCAUGCCAUCAUAAUUAACAUUCACGACCACAACCGAUAGGACAACGGGUCUUUUGGUCAGUUGUACAGCGCUCGACUCAAUGACCAAAUAUCCGGGGCUCGAUCUCAGAUGCUGCAAGCCUGGGACAGGGUAUAGCUAGCUGGUGGCGGUGGCUAAUAAGCCAGAAGUGGUCAUUCCAGUCUUUCUUGGUUUUGUCGGUGGCCCCUUCCGAAUGCAUGGGUAUUCGCUGUGGGACAGUCUGGGGGCUCUAGGUUGAUUCUCAAAGCACAGUGGGAUGGUCCCGUGCCGUACGCCGAUCGGUGGACGCCCUCCCAACAUAAUAAAAGAACUGUAAAACUCAUUGCACAUUUUGCUCACCGCUGAGAAUGACUCCCAGUUGUGUCAUUGAUCUGUUCGCGUAAGGCUUAUUAGCCGGGUGGAAAAUCGAUACGGCCGUAGAUCAAGUCCUCGGUUUUCUUCGAUGGGACGACCAAGACCGAAAUGUUGGUGCGCAAUGUCACCGAAAAAUCCGCUAGGCUGAUGAGCGAAUUUGGGAUUGCGGUCAUUCGCAGGCCGGAAGCGAUAAUGCUUCAUUCACUUAUGCAUCCUAAGGACUCAACGCCCACCAACCAGAAAUCUGGUGUCAUUCACCCCUGGUAACCCUAAGCGAUGACAACAUUUCUCGUCGUUUCAAAUGUCAAAAGUUUAUGUGCCACGCUUAUGUUAUGGUCCUACAGUAGGUGGGGUAACUCAUGAAAUUUUUGCCGAAAUUUCGAAGUGCAUUCUCGUUUCGAAAAGAUUAAUUAAGUAGGGUUGUCAAACUAAUCAGCCUGCAGUAUAAUUCUACAAUGAUUCAGUUACCUCGGAAUGUCGGCUUUCGAGUGAACUUAUUUCCGACUGCAUGCAAGAACUAUACUCUGCAAAAAAAUGACUACUUAAUUAGCAUGCAUUUUUCUCAUUGAUUUUCGAGGCCCUUGAAAAUUAAUUUGUAUGUCAUGGAAUACAUGCAUAAAAAUAUUAAUUAUGUUACUUAUUCGGUAGAAAAUCACGUCUUCUUCCGAUUUUAUAGUCGAAGGAGGAGUAUACUUCGGUUUCGAAAAGUUUCUAAUUCGGAGAUUUUUUAAUACCAUGAAAUGACCGUUUGUAAAACGCCAUGCAUCUGCAUUUACGAAUGUGGCUUGCAAAGUUAACAAUAUUGCUCAAAUCCACUGUUUAAUUUUAUGAACCCCAUAUUGUCUCCUCUUAAUACCGUAGAGAGACGCAUGGUUUUACGUACACGGAAAAUAUACAGCUUGUAGUUUUGAAGCACUGAAUGCAAGUGCAACAGCAAGUCGGGUUCAAAAUUAUUCAGGAAUAAGUUUUUUAAAACCGAAUUAUACUUCCCCUUCGAGUAUAAAAUCGGAAGACGUGAUUUUCUACCGAAAAAGUAAAAGAAUUAAUAUUCUAUGCAUGAUUUCCAUGAAAUAUAAUUGAGUGUUUAGGGGCAUCGAAAAUCAAUGUGAAAAAUGCAUGCUACGUAAGUAGCCAUUUUUCACAGAGUGUAGUUCUUGCAUGAAACCGUAAGGAAGUCCACUCGAAAGCCGGCAUCCUGAUGUAACUGGAUCAUGAUGAUUAGUUUUACAACCCUUCUUACUUACUCUUUUCGAAACGAGAACGCAUUUCGAAAUUUUGGUUGACAUUUCAUGAGUUAGCACAUCUACUGUAUAUACUAGAAUUUCAGUAGUUUACAGGAGAUUCGCCACGGAUGUGUGUGUGUGGUUAAAGUGCAGAUCGGCGAGGUGUCAUGGUGUUCUGGUUUCCGCCCCAUUUUUCCUCGUUCCCUGCAGGCAAAACGCAGCAUUCACCAACUGUUGGCCACAACCCUCGCAGACGUGACCUACUCACCCGAAACGGCCACUCAACUGGCCACAACUUUGUCCAUUCUGGUGAGAAAACAGGCCCGCUCCCAACAGCAGUCUCUGCGCUACAAGUUCGUGGCAGUGGUGCACAUUGGCGCGCUGGCCGACGCCAGUGCAUGCUUUUGCAGCAGGGCGAUCUGGUCGGCAGACUGCGGUGACAACUACGCCGAGGCCUCCUACUCCAACAACUCCCUCUACGCAGUGGCCACGCUCUACGCGGUCUACUAUGAGUGA